ACCAUCUCUCACACCUUCUAUAUUCAUCCGAACGAGAGUCUCGCUACCGUUCUCGUUUCACCACCGCUCACAGAAGGAAACUAUCACAACUGGGCAAGAGCCAUGAAGAUGAGUCUCUUGACGAAGAACAAGCUUGGUUUCGUCGAUGGGUUGAUUCCUGAGCCUCCAACGGGUCAUCCUGUGCUACCGUUCUAGCAACGAUGCAAUGUUCUUGUGUUGAGUUGGAUUAUCAAAUCGUUGAGUCAAGAAAUAGCACAAUCGAUUCUCUAGAGGGAGAAAGCCACAAAGGUUUAGAGGGAGCUUCGAGAAGGUUUUUCCCAAGCUGAUUUGUUCAGGAUCUCAGAGAUUCAAGAAGAGAUAUUCAGCUUGAAACAAGGUAAUUCUUCAGUCUCAAAAUUUUACACAAGUAUGAAAACCCUUUGGGAUGAGUUAGAUGUCUUGAAUCCUCUACCUUUAUGCACUUGUAAUCCACGGUGUUCAUGGUGCGAUUAGAAAUGUUGAAGAAGAAAGAAACAAGAACCAAGUGGUUAGGUUUCUUAGGGGUUUGAAUGAUCAAUUUUCUGGGGUUAGGUCCAAUUGAUGUUGCUUGAUACUCUACCCAAUGUGAAUCGUGUUUUUGCUUUAAUCUCACAACAAGAAAGGAAGUUUUCUUCUGAGAAUGUUUCUGGGUCCAAAGCUUUGUUGGCUUCAUGAGAAGGCUCAAGUGAUAGCAGGAAUGCACAGUUUGAGAACAGAAGUGCACAAUCUGAGAAUCAGAGCUAUCAUCAUUCUAAUUCUGGAGGUUGCAACAAUAAUCAUGGAGAGAGCAACAAUCAUGGAGGAAGCAAGUAUUCAAACAAGAAGUGUUCUUAUUGUGGCAAGAUGGGCCAUACAGUGGAGGAUUGUUACAAGAAGCAUGGGUUUCCACCAGGGUUCAAGUUCAAGAAUCCUAAAUAUGCUAACAGAUCUGCAAACUUUGUUCAUAGCAAUGAAGAGGAUCAAGAUUCUCAGGAAGCAGCUUCAGCUUCAGGACAAGAGGGAACACGUUUUGGCUUCACCGCUGACCAAUAUCAUCAUUUGUUGGCCCUCCUUCCAUCUCAAGAUCAGAAGAGUUCUUCCUCAAAUCAUGUAGCUAGUGUCAAUUCUUGUGCUCAAAUCCAAUCAUCUAAGAAUGGUAAUGGUCACUCACAGGGUGUUCCCACCAAGAAUGGAUUCCAAUGUUUGGAGGACGAUUGGCACAGCUAGAGUAGAAAGAGGAGGACUCUACAUCUUCAACAAUGCCUCUGUACAUCCCCCUUUGAAAGCUUGUAAUUCAGUCACUGUAAAUCCUAGUAUAAAACCUUGUAAAUCUGUUUCAUUACCUGCACUUGUCAAUAGUCAUUCAGUUUGUGUUUCACAGUCUAGUGUACAAAAUUUAUGGCAUUUUAGGCUAGGCCAUCCUUCUUUUGUCAAAGGUCAAUCAAUUAAUGACCUCUUUCCAUAUGUACAUUGUACAAAAGAUUCUGUAUGUGAAAUUUGUCCACUUGCAAAGCAAAAGAAACUCAG